AUGACUGCCGCCAUUCCAGUGUUAGAUGAGAAAAUUAAGGAGUAUUUCCUAUUUCGUGGAUUUACGGAAACAUUAAAAAGCUUUGAAGCCGAAAUCAAAGCCGAUAAGAAUAAAAGCUUCAAGAUUGGAAAAAUUAUCGAACAAUUGCUUUAUCAUAUAAAGUCUUACGACAUUGUUGGCUUAAAAGAAUUUUAUGCUGGCUUAGACAGACAAUUUUUUUGCCGACUGGAACGUAAUCAACUACCGAACGUCCGUCGUGUUGAAAAUGGAUUGCUUCGUUAUUAUUUAGUGAACGCAGUUCAAAAUAAUAAGCAUGAAAAGGUCAUUGAAUUUUUUCAGAAAUACUCGGCUGAAUUACUAAAUCAGAGUGAUUGGAAGGAGUGGUUUGCCUUGCCCUUUGUAAAGAAUCCAGAGCAAAGCCCCACGUUUUCUAUUUAUUUUCACAAAUCUUGGUUAGAAUCAUUUGUGCUAUCUUUACACAACUUCCUGAGCGUAAUAUGCCACACCAUGCAUAUCCUUUAUAUUAAUAUCAAAGAGAGUAUACAAAGUUUACCCGUACCUAGUAUAUUAAAUUUUGAAAAUGAAAUGAUCAAAUUCCACGAACUUGAGGAAGAAUAUCAGGCGCUGCAAAAAAGUUAUUCUGAAAUGCAGACGGCCCUAAAUAAGCAGUCACAAGAACCGAAUUCUAACAGGAUUAUUGAGAAUAAGAAAGCAGUGGAGCUUCCGAUUAUAACUAAGAAAUCUGAUAAACUCAAUAAGAAAGAAAAGCGUUUCCAAUUGAAUGGAUCGUUAACUAAAUCUAAGAAUGAUGAGUUAGGCAAUAGAGAUAGUGCUGAUGGCGAUCGCCGAAAUCCUGUAAAAGAUGUCAAUGACAGCAAAAAAACGACUUCGGCUGAACGACAAAGCAAUGCGUUAAAACAGAGUAUAUCCGCUCAAAACAUUACAACAAAGAAACCCGGUAACGAAGAUGCUACGAAAUCUGUGCAAGUAGUUCCUGAGUCUACAGACGCACAGAGCCAAAUAUCUCAUUCAGUAUCGCAGGUGCUAUCAUCGAGCACGAUAUCCCCUGGGAUAAAUUUUCAUGUCCCCACUCAUUCAUCUUCACAAGAAACAGCUUCGUCUGUGCCUCCAGCUCCUCCUCCUCCGCCUGUAUCGAAAGUUAAUCGAAAUAAGCAGAUAUCUAAUAACGGAAAUCGAAUUAGAGAUAGUAAAAAUCCUUAUAAGUAUUUGGAACAUCACUCUGCAAUAAUUCAAUGUCGAUUUUCAUUCGAUGCCAAGUAUGUUGGUAGCUUAGAAACAGAUGGUGUCGCCAAAAUAUGGAAUCAUCAACCAAAUAUAUCAACGGUAGAUACAUUAGUAUCGAAGCCACCUGGCUUUGUAUCGUUGGAAUGGAUCAGCAAUUGUGACAAGUUGCUGUUAGGCACGGGAGAUGGUACCAUUCGAAUUUAUGAUAGUAGUGUCAGGAAAACCGUUAAGGAUAUUGAAGUUGACAAGGAAUAUCCCAGAGUUCAAGUUCUAGCAUCUAGUCCUACAGGAACCUCGUUUGUAAGCGCAAAUCAGGCCAGAAUUUCAUUUAACAGUGUUAUGAACAACAAAGGCCAAAAGAAUCACAUAUCCUUCUCUGGCAUUGACACUAAGUCAGGAGUUUUGUUGACUUGGGAUAUGACGACUAUGAUGAAGCAGGAAUCGCUACCUUUGGAAAAAUCUGUUUUCAUUAAUUGUAUAUCAUACAAUGUUAGCGGAAAUCUUCUUAUUACUGGCGGAAGUGACGGCAAAUGUAGAUUAUACGAUAUUACCAACAACUUGCGCACUGCAACUUGGCAAGCACAUAAUGGAACAGUCUAUGCUGUGCAGUUUAGUGGUGAUGAUAACAGUAUUUAUAGCAUGGGUGCCGAUAGAAAAUUCAUUCAAUGGAGUAUGCGUACAAUAGGUACCAAAAUUGCUGAUUUUAAUGUUACCCAAGGUGCAUUUGGAGGCUUCUGUACACCCAAUUCACAAGGCAGCAUGGAUAAAAAGUAUUAUACUCCUCGUGGAAAUCUUUUCUCCUUUGAUUCUAAAGGCGAAUACGUCAUUACGUUUGCAUCGACUUGUGGACACAUUUAUAGGGUUAAGGAUUCUGAAGAAGGUAAUUUAUUCAAGGUGCUUACUUUAGGGACACAUCAGUUACCUGUGAUGUGUGUGGAUUGGUUUACAGCGAAUACUUCUGGCACCGGUGUAACAGGGUCUUUAGAUGGUACUAUUCAUGUAACAAAUUUUUUGAAAAGUUGA